ACUUCCAAACUCAGGUGUUUCCAACCUAUUAGAAUACGUGGACAAAAUCUGAGGCAAAUCUAGCUUACUUCUGUCAGCCCCAUCAACACUUGGAGCACAGCUCUCCCCUGGGUCUCUGCAUAGGGUGCUUCUCUGCUAAGGUUACACAAGGUCUGAGCCAGAAGAGACUCAGAGUACGGAGCAGAGCCGCAGAGCCAUGAAUAUUAUCUUGGAUCUCCUCCUGCUUCUGCUCACCAUCAUCUACUCCUACUUGGAGGCAUUGGUGAAGGUUUUCUUUCCCCGAAAGAGAAAGUCUGUGGCUGGAGAGAUCGUUCUCAUUACAGGAGCGGGGCAUGGAAUAGGCAGGUGGACUGCCUACGAAUUUGCAAAACAGAAGAGCAGACUGGUUUUGUGGGAUAUUAAUAAGCACGGUGUCGAGGAAACGGCAGCCGAAUGCAGAAAACUGGGAGCCACUGUGCAUACAUUUGUGGUGGACUGCGGUAACCGCGAAGACAUUUAUAACUCUGUAAAGCAGGUGAAGAAAGAAGUGGGAGAUGUAACCAUCCUGGUGAAUAAUGCUGGGACAGUAUAUCCAGCUGACCUUCUUAGUACCAAGGAUGAAGAGAUUACCAAAACCUUUGAGAUCAACAUCCUAGGACAUUUUUGGAUCACAAAAGCACUUCUUCCAUCCAUGAUAAAGAGAAAUCAUGGCCACAUUGUCACAGUGGCUUCAGUGUGUGGCCAUGGAGUGAUUCCUUAUCUUAUUCCAUAUUGUUCCAGCAAAUUUGCUGCUGUUGGCUUCCACAGAGCUCUGACAUUAGAACUGCAAACCUUGGGAAUAACUGGGAUCAAAACCUCGUGUCUCUGCCCAGUUUUUGUGAACACUGGGUUCACCAAAAACCCAAGCACAAGACUGUGGCCUAUUUUGGAGACAGAUACAGUUGCAAGAAGCUUGAUAGAUGGAAUUCUUACCAAUAAGAAGAUGAUUUUCGUUCCAUCAUAUUACAAUAUCUAUUUAAUACUAGACAAAUUUCUUCCUGAACGUGCCUUGGCAGCUAUAAAUCAUUUACAGAACAUUCAAUUUGAAGCAGUGAUUGGCCACAAAACCAGAAUGAAAUGAAUAAUUAAUGUCCCACCAGAGAUGUAUGCACCUUAAUGAUGUAAAUCUAAGUUUAGGAUCAAUGCUUCAAAGCUUUACUUCACAUUUUUCAAUACUGUUAAUACUAAAAAACAUUGGUUUAACAUUAGCAGCAAAUGAACAAGACUAAUUACCUUUCUCAAGAAUAUUAAUGUAGUUUUAACAGUCACAUCCAUUUUUCAUUCCAUGCCUCUUAAAACUUCUGUGGUUACAUAAACAUAUUCAAAAGGCCACUUUUCUUUAAGACAUUUUAUUUCUUUUCUUUCUGCUUAGAGGAGAACAAAGCUACCUCCCUGAGAAUAAAUACAAAAAGAAUUUAUUCCACAGGGAAGGUCGAAGGCCGAAGGCCUUGUCAACAGGUACAUGGUGUGAGCUAACAGUUAGAGAUGUUUAAGCAGGCAGCUAGGCUCCAAAGGACAAAGAGGUUACUUCUAUGAAAUCCAACAUUUGGAAGCUUUCUCUAGCUUCUCCCUUUUCAUUAGGCCAAAACCAUGCAGCAGUAUUCCGUAGUUUCUUGAUUCUGUCCUUUGUAUAGCUCUUAUAUCCAAAAAAGUGGACCCUCCAGACUUUCUGCCCUUUUUAUAACCUCUCAAAAUACUAUGACAUUACAAAAGGUGAACCUCUCUUGAAUCUCAGAAUAUCUGCAAUUUUAAACCCAUGAUAACCUCUUUCUUUGUAGCUUUUGCUUUCACAUAUCAUUGGUACCAGAGAUGUUGAGAGAGUUUUGAGUGUCAAAAAUGAAAGCUAACACAGAAAAAAGGAAUUAGGCUGUCUACCUAAUACUAGACAAUGGAUCUAAUAGAUGAAAAAGAGUGAUCUCUUUUUUUAAUAGAAAAAAUAAUCUGAUUCCUGCUACAUCAAGACUAAUCUUGUUUUUGUGGUUUUCUCCUAUAUCAUAGACUGCUUUCACAUCAACUUGCUGCUUGUUUUUAUUAAAAAUAAAUGAUUAAAAACAAAUCAUUAAUAAAAAUUUCUUAAAUGAUAAA